AUGGAGAAGUUCAUCUUUAUUGCAUUUCUUGAUGUUAUGUUGGCUUCCCUAUUGAUGUUUCAGCCCAUCUCCUGUUCCAGCAAUUUCACUGAUCAAGUGGCUCUCCUCCACUUUAGAUCAACGAUUGAAAUCGACCCAACAAACACGAUCAAAGGUGGCAAUUGGACCACUGAAGCAAAGUUUUGUGAAUGGAUUGGCGUCGUUUGCAACAACCGCAAGCAGAGAGUUACGGCUUUAGACCUCUCGCACAUGGAUCUCCAAGGAAGACUCUCUCCCUACCUAGGCAAUCUUUCUUUCCUGGCUUCUCUUGAUCUCCGCAACAACAACUUCUAUGGCGCGAUUCUAAUAGAAAUCAGUCGUUUACGCCGUCUAAAGGAACUUGUACUUGAUGUGAACCAGUUUGAAGGAAAUAUUCCUCCUCACUUAGCCCGAUGCCAAAACCUCAAAGUCAUGUCACUUGCGAUGAAUAGGCUAACAGGCAGCAUACCAAGAGAAUUCAGCACCUUCCCUAAGUUGCAACAACUGGACCUUAGCUCAAAUGACUUACGGGGUCAAAUUCCAAGCUUCCUGAGCAAUAUAUCCACAUUGCAGGUCAUUACAUUGGUCAACGCCACUCUCACAGGUUCGAUUCCAUUAGCACUUUUCAAUAGAUCGCUCACGAGUGUCAAUUUGAUGAUCAAUUAUCUCUCUGGAAGUCUUCCCUCCGAUCUUUGCUACCGCUGGCGUAACAUUCAGAUACUUGCACUGCCUCUUAACCAAUUCAGUGGCCUGCUACCAGAGACGCUAACCCAAUGCAAAGAGCUUCUCACGUUGUCGUUGGCAGGCAAUCAUUUUCAGGGAAGCAUUCCUCGAGACAUAGACAGCUUGCAAAAGCUGCAAAAACUCUUUCUCGGUGGUAACAAGUUGACUGGAGCGAUUCCUCGAACCAUUGGCAACAUGUCGAGCUUGCGCAUCUUGAGCUUACCUACUAACCAGAUAGGAGGUAACCUUCCGAGUGAGAUUGGCAAGUUGGUCAAUUUGAAUUCAAUGGUCCUUGAGGAAAAUCUGCUAACGGGCGAAGUGCCUAAAGAGAUUUUUAACAUUUCUUCGCUACAAGUGCUUUCUUUGAUGGACAAUUCACUCUCCGGAAGCCUUCCCUCAAGUAGCGAACUAAGCCUUCCGAAUUUGGAAAUAUUCCAUCUAUCAAUAAAUAGCCUUGGCGGAAACAUCCCACAAUAUAUUUCGAAUUAUACGAGCCUAAUUAUUUUCCAUGCUGCUUUCAAUCAACUUAGCGGACCGAUACCCAUGAGUUUGGGCAACUUGAAGAACCUCAUAAGCUUCGCGGUUUCGUCAAAUCAGCUCACAGGAGAGCCUCAUUGUUCAGAGCUCAGUUUUCUAUCUGCCUUAUCAAAUUGCCAAUCGCUGCAAACCUUGGAUCUGGGAGAAAACCCGCUUCACGGCUCCAUACCAAAAUCUAUCAAAAACUUCUCCAGUUCCUUACGAACUCUACUCGCUCCAGAUUCUCAAAUAAGAGGCCGCAUUCCCAAGGAAAUAGGUUUCUUGAAGAGAUUGACUUUUCUAGCGUUGAGCUAUAACGAUCUAGUUGGCAACAUCCCAUCAUCGGUCGGAGGAUUAGAAAGCUUGCAAAGGCUAUAUCUUGAUAACAACCAUCUCGAAGGACCAAUCCCCAAUGAGAUAUGCUACUUGACAAAUUUAGGAGAGUUGGUGCUCUGGCAAAAUAGGAUAUCUGGAUUGAUCCCGAAUUGCAUUGGAAACCUCAGCAAUCUUCAAAACUUUCUCCUAAGUUCGAAUAACAUGACAUCAGUUAUACCGGUUAGUCUGUGGAGCCUUCAAGAACUUAUCUUCCUCAAUCUGUCACUCAAUUCUUUCACUGGAGGACUACCACUUGAAAUAGGAAAAAUGAGAGCUAUGAACAGCAUUGAUCUUUCUUGGAAUCAACUUACUGGCACCAUACCGAGUUCCAUCCAAGAAUUGGAGAGCCUUGCUUCUCUCAACUUGUCAAGGAACUCAUUUCAAGGAUUGAUACCGCAAUCAAUCGGCAACCUUAAAGGGUUGGACUUCCUUGAUCUCUCCCACAAUGAGUUAUCUGGCACAAUACCUAAGUCCAUGGAAGGACUUAGAUAUCUGCAAAAUUUGAACUUGUCCUUUAACAAGCUAUCAGGAGCAAUUCCUAAUGGUGGGCCCUUUGGAAAUUUCUCAGCUCUCUCAUUCAUUGGGAAUGAAGUACUUUGUGGAAAUGCUAUUUUUCAAGUCCCACGUUGCAAAGUGAAUGGAAAGAAAUCAUCAAGGGACAAGCAGCUCCAUUUACUAUACAUUAUGGCGCCAAUUGUAUCACCUGUACUUUUAGUCUUUGUCAUUUGCUUGCUUAGAAAGCAUGGGAACACUGGCAAAAAAUCUUCAGUUUUGGUGGAGAACCCGCCUGGAAUUGACCACCCGAUGAUAUCAUAUCGGGAGCUUUGCUCGGCUACUAACAACUUUAGCGAAAGCAAUUUGCUUAGAGAGGGAAGCUUUAGCUCUGUAUACAAAGGAACUCUAGCCAAUGGGAUGGAUGUCGUAGUCAAAGUACUGAAUCUCCACAUUGAAGGCGCCCUAAAAAGUUUCGAUGUAGAAUGCGAGGUUUUCCGCAAGAUCCGACACCGGAAUCUAGUCAAGGUGAUCAGCACCUGCACGAAUGCCGAUCUGAGAGCUUUGGUGCUGCAAUACAUGCCCAAUGGGAGCUUGGAGAAGUGGCUUUACUCCAACAACUACAACUUGGGUCUCCAUCAGCGAGUGAAGAUAAUGGUAGACAUCGCUACGUCACUCGAUUAUCUCCACCAUGGCCAACCGGAACCCAUUGUGCACUGCGAUUUGAAGCCUAGCAAUGUUCUCCUAAACGAGGACCUAGUCGCACAAGUCUGCGACUUUGGAAUCUCAAAGAUUUUGGCUGAGAACAAGCUUGAAACACAAACCCAAACUCUCGGCACAAUCGGAUACGUUGCUCCAGAGUACGGUUUGGAAGGAAAAGUCUCGACAAAAGGAGAUGUUUAUAGCUUCGGCAUAUUGUUGUUGGAAGUGAUAACCAGAAAGAAGCCAACCGAUGAAAUGUUCAAUGCGGAUAUGAGCUUGAGGCUCUGGGUAGGUGCAGCGAUUCCAAACAGAGUGCUUGACAUCAUGGAUGGCAAACUCAUUAGCACGAAACAUGAAGAUCUGACGCUUUCGGAACUCGAGAGCAUAAUUUCAUCAGUCCUAGAGUUAGGACUAGAAUGUUCAAAGGACUUGCCUGAGGAAAGAAUGGACAUGAAAACUAUCAUGGUUAAGCUCAACAAGAUCAAGUUGUCACUUCCUUGAUAAGAAAAUAAGGUGGAGAGCAGUACGUAGAGGGGCAUAGUAUCAUCUUAGUUUGUACACGGUCAUUUCGUUUUCAUGGCAUUGUGUAUAGCCAUCUGCUAUAAAGUUUCUGAUCUUCUGAGCUUUCUGAAUCGGAGAAGAGCAGUACGUAGAAUAGGGGCAUAGCAUCAUAUUAGUUUGUACACGGUCAUUUCGUUUUCAUGGCAUUGCGUAUAGCCAUCUGCUAUAAAGUUUCUGAUCUUCUGAGCUUUCUGAA